AUGAAUCUUCGGAUCCAACUUCUUCACUUUGUACUUGCUGCAGCCUUCUACAACACUGCCCUUGCAGAAGUCUUUGGUUAUGUGGCUUACAAUGACAGCUCCGAGUGUGUUGCUUAUAAAGCCUUGCCUGCAUGCUUUGGUCCACAACUCCCAGCAGAAGGGCUGACAGGGUAUUUGAUGAGGGUGAUACCACUAAAUGCUUGCCAUACAAUAGAGAAUCCUCCACCACCAAAAAAUGCCUCCGAGAUGUAUUUUGCACUCAUACAGGGGUACGACUGCUCUUUUGUCGAGAAGGUCCUUCAUGCCCAGCAGGCUGGAUACCAAAUGGCUGUUGUGUACAAUGUGGAUUCAGAGCAGCUGAUUACCAUGAUGACUGAUGACAAAGAAAUCCAGAAGCUAAUUAAGAUACCAUCGCUCUUUGCUGGACAAUCUGUCUCCCUCCACUUGCAAGGGCCUUUGCAAUAUGAGAGAGGGGCAUACAUCAGACUUGUACCACCCAAACACUAUUUCUGUUUGAAUCCUUGUCAAGACAGUGCUAAAAUGCUGCAGAAAACUUCCGUCAUGCAGGACUUCAGGAAUAUAUUCUAUGUCAUUAUUGCCACUAUCACAAUUACGGUUGGCUUAAGCUGGUACAAGAGCACUUGCAAGGCAAAGCUGUACACAUACAAGCAGGGAGACAGUUAUGAGACCUGUGUGAUCUGCAUGGCAGAAUACAAGGAAGGGGACUGCCUGAAGAUCCUGUCCUGUUCCCAUGCUUACCACAGCGCCUGCAUUGACACCUGGUUCCACACCCAGGCCAGGAAGAAGACAUGUCCCUUCUGCAAGCAGCUGGUGAACACCAAUGGGCAAAGUGACCUCCUGCCAGAGGAGGCUGCUGAAGAUGUGAAUGAGGAGGAACAGGAUCAUGAAGACAACGCAUUGGGAGAAGGGCAUGAAGAGGAAUAUGUUGGAGAGAAGAAAUCCGAUGCAAGCCCAGAAGAAGGGGAAGGGCUUGAUGCACUGGAGAACAGCAUAAUUUGA